AUGCCAAUGAAAAAUCAAACCACAGUGACCGAAUUUAUUCUCCUGGGACUUUCCAGUGACCCUCAGAUGCAGAUUUUUCUCUUCUCAGUGUUUUUAGUUAUUUACCUAAUCACUCUGGGUGGUAACAUAGUGAUCAUGGUGGUGAUAAGAACUGAUUCUCACCUUCACACCCCUAUGUACUUCUUCCUUUUCCAUUUAUCCUUUGUUGAUAUCUGCUAUUCUUCAGUCACAGUGCCUAACAUGCUGAGGAACUUCCUAGCGGUGCACAAAACUAUUUCUGUCAAUGGCUGCAUUGCUCAGAUAUUCUUCUUCUUCCUUUCAGCUGGUGCUGAAAUUUUCAUUCUCUCAGCCAUGGCUUAUGACCGCUACGCUGCCAUCUGUGACCCAUUGCGUUACAUGGAGAGAAUGAGCAAAAGGAUCUGUGUUCAGCUGGUGAGUGGGGCAUGGAUCACAGCCUUCUUUUAUGCCCUUCUUAACAAUGUCUUUACUCUGAAGUUGCAUUUCUGUGGCUCCAACCAAAUCCAUCAUUUCAGCUGUGAGAUCCCUCCUCUGUUACAACUGGCCUGCACUGACACCCUCACCAAUCAAGUGGUGCUUCUUACUUCUUUUGUGAUAUUUGGGUCAAGCUCCUUCCUCCUCAUGCUGAUCUCCUACAUUUACAUCAUCUCCACCAUCUUGAGGAUACGCUCUGCAGAGGGCAAGCGUAAAGCCUUCUCCACCUGCAGCUCCCACCUUAUUGUGGUUGGUUUGUUGUACUUCACAGCUUUUUUCCAGUACACAAAAUCUGGCUCUGUCUCUUCUGUGGUGUUGGAUGAAAUAUUCUCCAUCCAGUACAGUGUCUUGACCCCCAUGUUAAACCCCAUCAUCUACAGCCUGAAAAGCAAGGAGAUGAAAACAGCUCUAAGGAAAAUGUUGAGAAAAUUAAAGUUUCUCAAGUAAUGUUGAUGAUCUUAAAUAAAUUAAAAUACAUAUUUUUACAUCAGAGAGCAUAGAACUGUGGAUAAGUGGUGUUUGGGAAACUCUCAGCUCAGGUAACUGAGACAAAUUGGGACAAAACCUCAGUUGGUCUAAAUGAGUGUGGCUCCAUUGAAGUCAGCGGGCCAGAUUCCCAGUUGUACAAGAGUCACUGGAGCAUGGGGGACUGGAUCUUGGGUCUCCUAAAUCCAGAGUGAUUGCUGUGAUCACCAGGCUGUAGAGUCAGUCACAUAUUUUGUCUAUCUCCAUAUCUCUUUAAUCUGGCCCACUGACUUCAGAGGA